UGUGUGUGUGUGUGUGUGUGUGAAUGAGGGAGUGUGUUAUUGUUUUUGUCCUCUACUGGGUCAGAGACACACAGACAGCUGAAAGUCCAACAUCGCAGUCGCAGCAGAGGAAUAAAAAAAGGAAACCUACAGUAAAACCCAAAUACAGAACUCAGGUAACACACCACGUCUAUCUUGGCCUCCAUCCUCUUGGUGAAAUGGUCCGUCCCUUAGCGCUCGUCUUUGCCUAUGGGGCAAGUGUUCUGGUUGCGUUGGCUUGGUGCAGAGAGAGGGUGUGUCUUCAGGAUGGACGUCACAAAUCCAUUCCCAGUCCAGAGCCCAAUAUUAAAGAAUGCGCACUGUACAUGGAGAAUGCUUGUUGCUCAGAGCAGGAAAUUGAGGACCUUAGUGCUUCUCCUGCUGGUGUAUCAUGGGACAGGUGUGGGACUCUCAGUCCACAGUGUGAGCAGUUCUUGAAAAGAGUCAUCUGUUUUUACCGCUGUUCUCCUGAUGCCACAUACUGGCCACACCCUCAGCAUGGCUCCUCCCUCAGGGCAUUGCCUCUAUGCCACAGCUUCUGUAGAGACUGGUAUGAAGUUUGUAAAUCAGAUCUUACGUGUGCUCGAGACUGGACCAACGACCCCACAGGACAAAACUGCACCGGCAACUGCAUACCAUAUCACCAGAUGUACCAGCAUGGCCGAGACCUCUGCGAAAGCCUCUGGGGUGACGCCUUCAUGACACUGGAGGAUGAAGCUGCAGUGGCCAGAGGUCACAGCUGUGGAUGUCUGAACCUCACCGCCUCAGACCGUGAAGUCAUAGCAGCUCUGAGAAGACAGAAAGCUAGCCCAGAUGAGUUGGACACCACCAAACACCAUGGAAACACCAUUUGCAUUCACAGUUCAGCCUCAGCACCCCAGCAGGGGCAAAAGAACCACGUCAAGUCGGUGUUCCACAAGCGCUCGGCUCCCGGCGUACACGACUCGGAGGGCAGCGGGAGCGGCUUCUAGAGAGUCCUUCAUUUAAACUUUUGGAAUCUUCUAAAUCCUGAAUCAUGGCAUUAAUGUAGAAAGUCCUGAACCAUCUAGCAGAGAGUAGAUCUACUCAAUCGACUCAUGAGUCGUAAAAAUGACUCAUUCUAGGAUAGAUUUUGUAGAACGAUGGCCUGUUAUUUCAAAUACCUGUGUUUUAGGUCACAUUGUUACUUUCCUCAUAAAUGUUCUUACUCUCUCAAGUUUUUAUAAGCGACCUCGUUAAUUCUGUCCGAUCUCAAAAUCUGAUUCUAAAUCUAUUAUCAAGCGUUUGCUCAUUCAUGUUAUUCUUAGACAUCACACUUCCUGUCCACUUCCUGUCUACUUCCCUUUUAUCACUCCAACAUAAAGCGGUUAGAGCAUUGAGAAAACCAUUCACAUACACACACCAUCUACAUGACCAGUGUAUAUCUGUGUAUACAUUAGAGGAGCAAAAGUAUGUGCACCCGUUGGACAUCAUGCUGAAAUUGUUACCACGAAGUAAUAAAGAAGCACACAAUGUUGUCGAA